CAAUUAUAUUAUAAUGAAUUUAAACAUUCCAAUCUCUCAACAAUUUACUACACUCAUUCCGAGCAAUUCUCAUUCCUAUAAAUCAAAGUUUUAAUAACAUCUGCAAUCAAUCUUUAUCGUAUCAGUAACAUUGUAAAAUGACGCACUCGGCUCAUAUUUAUAAACAUGGAGUCACAGCCCCGUUCUCACGGACUCUAAUUGUGUUACAAUACAAUAAAUUGACACUCCAGAAAUUAUGUUAUAUCAUUCUUGGCUUAUCGAGGGUCAUACAAGUCUCUGAACUCAGUCAUUCGCCGCCAUCGACCGGCAACGCACGUCACAAUGCGGUAUUUAAUUCUAAUACUAUUUACAUACGUAAAAUGUGAUCCAGAUUAUUUCGCGAAGCGUAACAGGAUAGUGGAAAGUGAAUUGAGGAUCGCCCUUGGAGGGAAUAUGUCCCUUACCUCCAAAGAAAAUGAAGUCAACAAUUGCCUUAUGAGACAUAAGUUCGACGAACUCGACUAUGCAUUCAACAACCCGGACAACUUCGGCCUGUCCCACCAUUUCUUCAAAUACAAAGACAAUAUACCGAAAUCGAAAGUGUAUAAAAUCAUUAAGGAUAUGCCUAAAGGAGCUAUUUUGCAUAUUCACGACAUGGCAAUCAUUGGACCUGAUUAUUUAUUGAAUAUCACUUAUAUGGACAAUUUGUACGUGUGCCUUGGGAAACAAAUUUCGUUUUUGUUUUCAAAUAAAGUACCAAAUACUACGUGUGAGAACCGUUGGGAGCUAAUGAGCGAAGUCAGGAGAGCCGCCAAGAACGUCACAGCCUUCGAUGCGAAGAUUAGAAAGCAAUUCACCCUGGUCGUCAAAAACCCUGAUAUCGUCUACCCCACAAUCAAAGAAACUUGGACUGCGUUCGGGAAUUUCUUCUCCACUGUCCACCCGUUACUGACCUACAGGCCAAUUUGGGAAAAAUACUUUUACGACGCCCUCAAAGCGUUCAGAGAUGAUAACGUAUAUUAUGUAGAAGUCAGAAGCAUCCUCCCCAAUCUAUACGAAUUAGAUGGCACGGUCUUCGAGAAGAUAGUUACAGCAAAAGCUUACAAAAAAGCUAUCCACAAAUUCAUGAGGGAUUACCCUGAUUUUGUGGGGGCGAAAUUGAUAUUUGCACCGAAUAGGAAAGUAAACAGAACAAUUUUAAGCGAAUACAUCCAAACAGCGAGACAGAUAAAGAACAGUAUGCCAGAAUUGUUCGCUGGUUUCGACUUAGUUGGGCAAGAGGAUGCAGGGAACCCGCUCAUAGAAUUCGUGCCUCAGCUGUGCGCUGCUACCAACCUAAACUUCUUCUUCCACGCCGGCGAAACGAAUUGGUUCGGAACAAUGACGGAUGAGAACUUAGUCGAUGCUGUGUUAUUAGGAGCUAAGCGGAUAGGUCACGCUUAUGCACUGGCAAAACAUCCUGUGUUAUUAGAAAUGGUUAAAGAGAAGCAAAUAGGUUUAGAAGUGAAUGUUGUAUCGAAUUCCGUCCUGUCCUUGGUUAGAGACGUGAGGAACCAUCCUUUGAACAUUUUCCUGAGUUUAAACUUACCAGUUGUGCUGUCAAGUGAUGAUCCAGGAGCUUGGGAAGCGGACCCCUUAUCUGAUGAUUUCUAUAUCUCUUUCGUUGGGGUUGCAAGUCGACUGGCUGACUUACGCGUAUUAAAAACUUUAGCCCUUAAUUCAUUGAAAUACAGUGCUUUAGACCCAGCGGCAAAAACAUUGGCGAUUACACAUUUCCAUUCAAAAUGGAAUAGUUUUAUAGAGAAUUUUGAUUGUCGUUCUUAUUAAGUUGUUGACGGAACUGUAUGUGUUUAUAUUUAGUGCGUAUUAUAACAUAUGUUCAACAGGAAA